AUGUAUUGUAUUGGACCCUUCACACCGUUCUAUGUUCCACCCUGUGUAGCAGCUGGACUGCUGAUGUUCAAAUUACUAAUAUUUUCUUUCAUGCCUGAAACACCGUACCUCUUGUUCAUGAAAAACAAAAUUCCCGAAGCUAGAAGAAGCUUGCAAUUGUUAAGAGGAAACGUAGAUGUAGAAGAUGAACUAUAUGAAAUACGAGAAGCUAUAGAAAAUGAUGUGAAAGACCAGAAAGGAACUUUUAAAGAAAUGUUUGUAGUUAAACGUUAUCGAAAUGCUUUGAUUAUUGUUUUAAUAUUUGAUUUUACUAAAUUAUGUAGUUGUUUUGAGGUUGUAUUGAUGAAUAUCCACCAGAUGUUGGAGAAGGCUGGUUCUGUGUAUAUUCAACCUUCAUCUGUGGCUAUCAUUUUUUCAGUAUUAUUAUUAGUUUCGUCUCUAAUAUCAUCAGUGACUAUAGAUAAAUUUGGCCGUAAAGUUUUGUUUAGUGUUUCAAGUGUUCUCACCGCCCUUUGCUUGCUUAUUUUGGGGAUAUUUUUGAACCUACAUCAAAAAGGUUACAAUGUUCAAGCUAUGAACUGGAUACCUGCAGCUUCGGUUAUGGUAUACGCUGUUGUGUUCAAAUUUGGAAUGGGUACUGUACCAUUCGUCAUCUUAGGUGAAAUAUUUUCCACCAGGCUCAAAGGACGAGGCAUCGCUUUUUGUAAUGGCUUUCACACCUUUACUGCCAUCGGUGUCUUGCAGCUUUAUUUUCUUCUAAGAAGGGCAUUUGGAAUAUAUAUUCAUUUUUAUAUCUUCUCUUUUCUCACUUUUAUAGUUACAAUACUCAUAGUGUUCUUUGUGCCUGAAACUAAAGGAAAAAGUUUGGAAGAAAUACAAGAGUUGUUAAGAGGAACCUCUUUUAGGAAAUCUCUAAGAGAUAAAAAAGCUGUAGAGCUUAGUAAACUGACAGGUGAUGAUUAA